CAAAGAUGAAAGCAGACUUCCUGUCUCCUACUGGCAGCACUGUUGUGUCUCUGAGCUUUCAGUUACAACCAGUGGAACCAUGUCUUCCAAGAAGGCCAGACUAAACAUGCCUUGCUCAGAAAACUGGGAACAGAAGAAGCAGACAGAUGUCUUCAAGAAGGUGAAUGGUCCACCCUUCAUUAACUCUGUCCGUCACUUGGUUUCUUUUAAAUACACCGCCAUCAAAAAAACCCACUCAUGCCUCAAAUCUAUGUGCACUGGGGCAAAGAAAGGAAUGAAGAUCAACACUAAUGUUACAGUCAUCAGAGCACAGCCAAUUCUGACUCCACAUGAACAUCAGACUCUAGAUUCAGUAGAGGAAGAGCUGCCUGUCGUUCAUCAAACACCUGAUCAGGUGGUUUCAGAUAUCAAGGAUCUCAUGUCUUCUCAAGUGACAGAUGCAAAGAUAACAACCAUCAGAACAAUGGGAGUGAUGGACCUGACCAAAGAUGCACACCUCUAUGACAGCUUGGAGACAGCCAAACCAGACUCAACCAAUAGCAUGACCCCUGUUGCAGAAUCACGAUCGAGUCUAAAGGACACAAAUAAAGCACAUACAAUGCUGGAGAAGUUUGAAGAGAUGGUGAAUCUCUAUUUUCCCAUGCCUGGUGAAAUGGUUAAACCCACAGCAUUAGCAGACAGGCAUGGAAUAGCCUCCGUUCAAAAGCAAGAAGAUUAUAGCAGUCACCUACUUGUGUAUUUGCGAACCAUAAUGAUCAAAUUCCAGCAAUAUGCUUGCCAGUGUUCCCAGGGAAAGGUGAAAGAUGCCAGCCAAAGCGUGUGUGAGGCUCUUCAAACCAGUUGCUUGCUGCUGAAGCAUUGGAUCAUAGCUCUGAUUCAUCCUAUCACCCAUCUUCUGAAGAGCACGUACCUAGGCCUACUGUUAAGCAUAGAAGAGUUCCCCAUCAAUUUUCAGGGCAAAGUGCAGCAAGUUUCUAAUGCCAUGGAGACUUCAUUCUCUUUUUCUGAUUCCUUCCUGGAUUUGCCUAGAAGAAUCCUUUCCCCAGCAUGGAAGAGACUGACCAAGAAGUAUGAGAGUUUAAGUGAGCUUCAAGAGAAUGCACCUUUGUCUUGGUUUGUGGCACCCUUCAAAACCUUAAGAGGUAGAACAUAAGCAGACUUCACAUAAACAGAUGUGGAUAAGAAAGUGCAAAUGCCAAACAAG